GAAUGCACCGCGCGGCUCAGCGAGAAGGUGACAGGGGUACGGCAAAGAUGGCCGCCUUUCUCACCCACCAGCAGAAAGUGUUGCGGCUUUACAAGAAAUCCCUGAGACACCUGGAGUCGUGGUGCAUCUUCAGAGACAAAUACCGCUUCUACGCCUGCAUGCUGCGAGCUCGCUUCGAUGAGAGCAAGAGCGAGAAAGACAUGGGGAAAGCCACCGUGCUGCUGAAGGCGGGAGAGGAGGAGUUCUGGUCCAACCAGCACCCUCAGCCCUACAUCUUCCCCGACUCUCCUGGAGGGACGUCCUACGAGAGAUACGAGUGCUACAAGACCCCGGAGUGGCUGCUGGACCACUGGCACCCCUCGGAGAAGGCCAUGUAUCCGGACUACUUCUCCAAGAGGGAGCAGUGGAAGAAUCUGCGAGCGCUGAGCUGGGACAAAGAGGUGGCCCAGCUUCAGGCUGAGACCGGUCCAGAAGGCCCUAAGACCGAGGCCCUUCCUCCAGCCCGCAAGGAGGGCGAACUCCCUCCUCUGUGGUGGCAGUUUGUCACCCGCCCCAGGGAGCGUCCCUCGUAAACUCCUCCCACCACCGACCACCUGAGGGGGGAAACUAUCCUUACCCCAAUACUCUGACCUCCUGUUGAGUUACCAUGUGUCUGUUGUAUUAGAGUCAUGUGUGUACAGUUAGCAUGACCGCGAGAACAACCCGACUCUGCUGUAAUCAGUGUCUUUAAGGAGUCCUGUAGAUUCACCGCUGAAGAACUGUAAGUGUUGCAAUAAAUCACUCUAUGAAAAAAGGAAA